AUGGUGGUUAGUUAUGAUCCUCAAAUCUUCAUCGAACAGUCUCCUCAUUAUCCGCAGUUCAGAAAUAAACGUUCCAGUCUUUUCGAUGUGAACAAAGCAAAGAAUGAGCCCUUGAGUGAACCCACUGCACGCAAUGAGAAAAAGAUUUCUGCCAGCUCGCCGUUCGAGUGGUUGCGGAGAAGAAGCUCCGGCCCCAUCAUUACGGCAUUGUCUUCACAUCGGCCCGUACAAUCCAGCCUGAAUUCCGUUCAAGAUGCCUCGUCCACUCCUAUUGAACAAGGGGCAGACCCCCUCGGCCUUCAAGUUGUUCAUGAACCAAAAACAAAGUCGAUUGCAGACGUCGUUUUCAUACACGGCCUCGGAGGCAGCAGUCAUAAAACCUGGAGUAAAUGCCAUAACCCCAACUUCUUUUGGCCAGGAUUGUGGCUGCCAGAUGAUCCGAUCAUUGGAAAGGCAAGGUUACUCACAUACGGUUACAAUUCUCAAAUUUUCGGCGGCCCAAGAAGCGUUUCAAGGAUUGACACUUUCGCAACAAAUCUUCUAUAUGAUAUGCAUAAUAGUUGGACCAAUAAUGGGGGUAAACUCGAGAUGGGCAGGGUGCCUAUCAUCUUUGUGGCCCAUUCAAUGGGAGGACUUGUCGCUAAGAAGGCCUACCUACUGAGCCAGAACGACGAGGAGUUCAAUGAAAUUUUCCGAGCGAUCUCUGGGAUUCUGUUUCUGGCAACUCCCCAUCAGGGUUCCAACCUUGCCCAUAGCCUCAGUCUGAUAUUGAAAGCCCUGCUGCAGCCGGAAAAGAUGUUCAUUACAGAUCUGGAAACAAACUCCCGACAACUGAAUGACUUGAACAGGUCAUUCCGAAACCUCGCCCCCAGACUCUCAAUCGUCUCAUUCUACGAAGAGCAUCACACGACCAUUGCGAAAAGGGAUUUUCUGAUUGUUGGAGAGGACUCCGCGGUUCUUGGUCUUCCUAAAGAGCAGGUACGGGGGCUGCCUGCUGAUCAUCACGAUGUGUGCAAGUUUAACGACAGGGACGACCCGAAAUACAGGAUUUUCGCCAACCGAUGCAUCUUUAACCACCCUUGGAGAGAGGUUCAACAACAUCUGGCCAUUUCCCGCACCCCAAUCGAAGACUUUAAUACAUUGUUUGACCGAAAAGUUCCCGGGAGCUGCGAAUGGAUACGUGAGGAGCCUUGCAUCAAGACCUGGCUGGAAGGCUACUCUGAGCCCCACGUGGUAUGGUACACAGCACCUCCUGCAAGUGGAAAGUCGGUUCUGUCAAGCUAUCUCAUUCACUAUCUUCAGUCGGAGGGUUAUCAAUGCCAGUACUAUUUUUUCGACUUCGGCGAUCAGUCCAAAAGAUCAGUAGAAAAUAUGAUCAGGUCGCUAGCCUAUCAAAUUUCUUGUUCGAUGCCGAAAUACGGGAAGAAGCUGCUUGAGGUCUUAAGACAAGGCCCACCCUUGGACAAAAGUGAUGCUGGCUUGGCGUGGCAGAAGCUCUUCAAGGACCCUUUGUUACGAAAUGAACUCGAUCGCACUCUUUUCUGGGUCAUCGAUGGUCUCGAUGAGUCCGAGGCGCCCAAAAAGGUUGUAGAUAUUCUCCGUGAGCUGCUACAGAGCGAGCAGAUGAAAUUAAAAGUCUUGUUCACUAGCCGCCGCACGGAAGCAUUGAAUUUAGGCUUUCAAAAGCUUAUGCGAAAUGUCAGGGUUGAUUUGGUGCAUGGCGAAGAUCACAAUUACAAUCUUCGAGAUAUUCGUCUGUACGUGGAAGCGGAACUGGACUACUUGCCAGGGAGUGCCAAACUCAAGCAGCGACUCAAAGAUGAUAUCUUGGAACGCGCAAGGGGCAACUUUUUGUGGGUUACCCUUGUGCUUGAGGAGCUUCAUAACUGCCACACCGAAAACGCAAUCUAUGAAAUGUUGGACCAAAUCCCCGAAGACAUGGGCAAAAUGUACCAAAGAAUGGAGCUUCAGAUCACCGAAUCAGCGACCCAAAGCAACGUCGCAUUGGCAAAGUUACUGCUUCAAUGGACGAUGUGUGCACCCCGACCGUUGACUUUGAAAGAGCUAACACAGGCUUUAGAGCCGGAUUAUUCCGACUUUAGAGACCUGGAGACGAUGAUCCGAAGUGUCUGCGGACAAUUCAUUCUCAUUGAUAGCACGGAGCAUGUCACGAUUAUUCACCACACUGCCCGAGAAUAUCUCACGAAUGCCUCUCAGAGCUCCAUUGCUAUCCAUCGCCAAAGGGCACACAGCACGCUUCUCGUCAAAACACUUGCAAAUCUUUGUAACACAUCGCUGAAGUCCAAGGUAUUCCUGCAAAGCCGUCAGGAGCUGGAAGCAAAAAGACCUUUUUUGUUGUAUGCUGCAACAUCUUGGAUAUCUCACCUCCGCUAUGCCGAUCCCAUUUCUGACGAAGUCUUGGAAAAGUUGGCUCAUUUUUUCAAGCAGCAUUGUGUGCUAGACUGGAUCUAUAUUCUUGCCCUCCUCAAGCAGCUCUGCAUAUUAGUCCAAGCGGCAAGAGCACUCACAAAAUUCGUCAGUAAAAAUAGAAAGCUUAACGCUACUCGAAGCCCCAUGCUGCAUCGACUGUCCACCCUCGAGCUGCUGGAGAGUUGGACGGUGGAUUUGGUGAGAAUAGCGGGAAAGUUCAGCAGGCACCUACUUGUCCAGCCCCAAGCGAUUUAUGAAAUUGUUCCAGCUCUUUGUCCUUCGAAUUCCAUAACGAACCUACAGUUCCAUCGCAAUAAGACGGCAAGUAUGAGAAUAUACGGCCAGAACGAGUCGUGGAACGAUGUUUUUGCUCGUUUCUCUCUUCGUCAUGGUGAACCAGCCUGGAAGGUGGUGUGCGCUGGUCAAUAUCUGGCUGCACUCACCCAAGUUGGAACCAUAUACAUUUGGAGAGCUAUUGACUUCGAAGAGAUUUGCGCUUUGCGCCACCUCGAGCCUGUGACAGACAUAUGCAUGAACAGUAAGGGCGAUAGAGUCGUGUCGUAUGGUCUAAAGAGCACAAUACUUUGGGAACUUCCUACGGGCAAAAUUCUUCUACAAACGCUAAAUCCGAAAACCAGUCGAGCAAUGUCCCUCACGUUUGCCGACAGUGACACGGUAAUUCUGGCAGCAUCCGACGACAGAAUAAUCAGAGUUCUCCAGACUACUGAAUCCGAGGUGGCAUGGGAACCGCUGGAUGCAAACCUGUUGAGGGAGAAAACGCAAACAGCAUCCGCUUUCAUCAAUACCCCGAAAUGCAUGGUCCUUAAACCGGAUGGUAAGCAAGUGGGAGUUUCGUAUCGAUCAUUCCCCUUGUCUGUCUGGGACCUCGACAGUUCUCGGCUCAUUGCCCGCUGCAAACGAGCAAAUAAUCCAUUCAAUUUGGGCUCAGAUACGGCGAAAGAUUGGUUUGCGGUGGAUCUAUUCACCUGGAACCCAAUUACUGGCCACAUCAUCGGCCUAUACAAAGACAAGACAAUAUUUAAAUGGCAUCCGGUUUCAAAUGAGAACCGUGAAGUCUCCACCUCUGUCGAUGAAGUGGCGUGUAGCCCCGACGGCAAGCUUUUUGUCACAAGUGAUAGCGAGGGCACAGUCAAAGUGUGGAACUUCGCUUCUUUCAGUGUGAUUUACCAGCUGUCGUCCGGGGAUCCGGUUAGUGGCUUAUGUUUCAGCCCUGACUGCGCUCGCUUCUACGAUGUACGAAGCUCAGUUGUCACAGCAUGGGAGCCGAAUGGCUUGAUUCGCCUUGCAGAAUCUGAAGAGCCCUCCAGCGACGCUACCGGUGAUGACCAACCAGGAACACUUACAUCUCAUAUCUCCGAAGCAAUAGCUCCUCAACACCCCAUGUUGAUGGUACUUGCUGCUGCCCCGACAGGCUUGCAAUAUGUUACAGGUAACGAAGAUGGUGAAGUCUGUCUUUCGGACGGAAAGAGCACCUGCAAGACCGAAAUUACGAAAUUUCACAACUUCCAGAGUGUGACACACCUUGUUUGGGCCCAGAACGGGAACCUUGUCGCCGCAGCGGAUCUUGGAGCCGACAUUCACAUAACCCAAAUAUGCACACCGGGCCAGGAUGAUGCAUAUUCAGGGCCCGCUCUGUCGUUACCAAGUCCCAAGUUGAAACUGGAGGGGCGUGCGAUACAUCAAAUGCUCGUGGAUCCGCUGUCAUGUCAGUUGCUUGUUAUCAGCGACGAUCUUGCACAAGUAUGGAGCAUUACCGAUGGCGCUGUCAAGACUUCUGUCAACAUGUACCAAGCGGCUCAACGAGGGUGGAUUAAUCACCCAACCAACAGCGAGAUGUUUCUUGGAAUUGGAACUCAAGAUAUCCAGGUGUACCAUUGGGUGGAUUUGCAACAAGUACACCAAUUUCGGAUCAGCAACGAAGCUUUCUCCCUUGCCAGGCAGCCGACAUUCAACAUUCGGGAAGAAGACUCCUCAUCCGAGUUAAGACGGAUCAAGAGGGCAUCCUGGAGGCAGGAGGGACCUGCGGGCAAAGUGUAUAGAAGCAUGCUCACACAGGAUUGCAGACACAUUAUCGCACAUAUCAAAGAAUACUUGGUAUCAGGCAAAGUCCAGAAAAGGCUUUUGGUCGUGGAAACGUCAGCCCUUGAGUUUACUGAGAAUGGUACUGAACCACAUUCAAUUCAUUAUCUUCGGAUUCCGCCCCAAGUCGCCGAAAAAAUUGAAUUUCCGUUGGGUAUAUUGCCAGGCUCGAAACUGGUGUUUUUUGACCGAGAUCUUUGGGUUUGCUCAAUGGUUCUGAAUUCCAGGGCCAGUCUUGAUUCUUUCAAGCGUCACUAUUUUAUACCCAGAGACUGGACAAGCGUUGAAAGCAUUGAACAAUGCUCCCUGUUGCGGGAUGGGACCCUCAUUUGUCCCCGGGAUGGUGAUGUUAUUAUAGUUAGAAGCAAUUUUGAUGAUAUAGAUCAUUGA